GGAGUGGCGUCCCCAAGGCAGGACUGUCACAAUAGGAGUGGGGUUGUCACGACAGGAGCGCACCCAGGGGUGUCCCUGUCCCCCGCAGGUCGCUGAGCUCCAUCCGGGAUGGAUGCGGAAGGGGCCGUGGACCCGCGGGCGCUGGAGCGGGAGCUGCGGGCGGCGGUGGCGGAGGACGAGCGUCGGGACAGGGAGAACGCGGCCAAGCUGCGCGCCCUGCGGCAGCGCCUUCCCUCCUACGAGCAGUUCAGGAACAUCGUGCUGGCAUCACACCUCAAGCCCCUAGAGAAAAAGGACAAGAUGGGCCAGAGGAGGAGCGUGCUGUGGAACCCCUGUGCAGCCCAUGCCAAGGCGCCGCAAGCCAGUGAUGUGGAAAUACCCCAGGAACUGGAUGGACUGCCUGGAACCUCUGCUGAAUUUCACAGAGAUUGGCGCAGAUGCUUAAAAAGCAGAAAACUGAAAUACCAGUUUCUGCUGGCGCUGGGAGGGGAGGCCUUGGGCAGAAUCUUUCAGGCUGACUUGGGCUAUGGCCUCCUGGGUGAAUUUCUGACGGUGCUGGCAGAGAAUGUCUGUCAUGAAGACAGAGAUGCCAUCCUUCAGAUCCUACAGAGCCUUUCGGGCACCAAGCGCUUCGGGUUAAACCUGGAUCUUCUGAGCGAGCUGGAGAAGGAGAGCAGCAGGGAUUUGUUUAGGAAGCUGUGGAGCAUGAGCAGGGGGGAUUGGACCGCCGGCCAUCCCAGCAGCACAGCCGGCUGCGAAGCAGAGCAGGAAGGCAGCCUCAUGGAUGCCAGCUUGCAAAAGGAAACCGAGGAGGAAAGGAGAGUGCUGGAGUUGAUGAAGUGUUACCAGAUCAACUGAAGGAGCAGAAGCACCAGAAUCGUGCAAAAAUAGAGCACAAACAGAGGCUCAAAGCUUGACUUUGGCAUUGCUGUGUGAGAGGGGGAUAAAUCGGAUACUUCUGGAGCACUGCUGUACCUUUCUCUGUACCUGGGAGCCACCCAGAGCAAUAGUUCUGCACAAAUAAAGGUUGGUUACUGAGA